AUGCCCGCCGCCGACUUCGCCGCAGCGCAACAACGCAUCGCCGCCCGUCGCGCCCAACGUGCCGCCUCGCAACGCGCCCAUCAUGAAACGAGCACAAACUCACGCGCCAUCCGCCUCCCCUUCGGCCUGAGCAGCGCCUGGGAUGCGAUCAAGGGCCGCAGCGGCACAUCUCCGUCGACGCCGAGUUGGCUUGAUGAGGAACUUCUAGAUUUGCUCAAAGGACAAGUCGGCGAGGGUUUGAAGUAUUUCGGCAGCCAUAUAACCGACAACUGGAGUCCGGAGAUCCUCCUUGCCCUGCGGUGCAUACUCUUCAAACUCUCAAUAUGGGACCAGAACGCGAGCUACGGCGCACAUCUACAGGGCCUGCGAUACACAGAUGCGCGCAGCUCAGCGCCGAACCGACCGCCGCCAAAGCCCUGGCAGAAGGCUGCAUAUGGGCUCGUCACGGUCGGGGGACGAUAUGCGUGGACAAAGUGGGAAGAGUACCUCCUUGCUAGCCAGGAAGAUUAUACACGACCCGAAAGCCCCCAACUCAAACUCAUGUCGGCGUUGACCGAGCGCUUCAACUCCGCACACGACGCCGCCUCUCUCGCCUCCUUCCUCGUCUUCUUGGUCAACGGACGGUAUAGGACGAUAACAGACCGCCUGCUACGGCUACGUCUGACGCCAACAUCACAUUCCACAUCCCGCGAAGUCUCCUUCGAAUACCUAAACCGCCAACUCGUCUGGCACGCCUUUACCGAGUUCCUCCUCUUCCUCCUCCCACUUGUCGGCAUAUCGCGCUGGCGUCGCAUCCUCGGCCGCUCCUGGCGCAAGCUGCGACUCUCAUUCCUCGCACUCAUCGGCCGCUCAAAACCCACCUCUCCUGAUGACGAGGAAAGCGAAUCGAAACAAGGCGAACUGGGCUUCCUUUCUCGAACGCACCUGCGCAAUCUGCUAUCGCGACCAGAAUCUCUAUCACACAGUCCGAAGCCGACAUCAUCGCCAGCUCGGCUUGGAGGCGGCGUCGUCGUUGGCUCCGCUGCGACAGACAUAACGAACCCAUACGAAGCCGAGGGUUGUGGGUGCAUCUACUGUUUCGCAUGCAUCGCCCAGCGUAUCGCCAACGAAGAAGGCGAAGGCUGGACCUGUCUGCGCUGCGGCGAAACUGUCAAGGAAUGCCGCCCAUGGACCGGCGACAUCAUUGAAGAAAAGCGGCCCGAGAGGCCAGAAACGCGGGACUCGACUGCAAAUUCCAAGGUCGUCGGGUUCGCGACCGCAGAGUACAGCAGCACUGAAGAGGAAAAGGCCGCGCUGAGACAAGUCGAUCCCAUGCCUGAUUCCUCCCCUGCUUUACUCCCCGAGCAAGACGACGAUGGCCUCGAAAAGACGCGUGGUCUGGAUCUCGGCGAGAGUCUGGCGUUCACAGAGAGUUCCGAGUGGGCGCGCGCAAGCGAAGACCGCAGCGACAGCAGCGAGCCCGAAGACACGCAGAGCGAGGAGUAUGACGAGGACGAGGAAGAAGAAGGCGAGGAACUGGCGGGACUUGGUUACGAUCAAUAUUAA